AUCAACGCUGGAAGGAACAAAAUAUCAGGGUGACUGAUGCUGCUGACAUCUUUCCAGAGAUAGUAUGGAACAACUGCAGUAAUUAUCCUUCACAGACCUACGGAUCCUAUGGGUUUCAGAGCAGCUCUAUAGCUGUCGUGUUAUGGCCGACUUAUGAAAACAUAAGUUGUCUGUGGCAUCUUGAAGUUCUGUUGGUGGAGAUGCAGGAUCCAAAUUCUGGCAUCAAAAUGCAAACUCAGAAAGUAAUGAUUACCAAUAUUCCCCAUGCAAUGACUGGUUCCGAUAUGUUACAGUGGAUUAUGCAGCGCCUGCAGAUUACCAAUGAAGAGGCACUUAACUUGGGAAGUCUAAUUAUCAAGUACGGAUACAUCUAUCCUCUCCAGGAACCAAAGAAUCUCACACUCAGACCAGAUAGUAGCCUCUACAGGUUUCAGACACCCUAUUUUUGGCCAACCCAGCGGUGGGCAGCAGAAGAUACAGACUAUGCCAUCUACUUAGCCAAGAAAAAUAUUAAAAGAAAAGGAAUUUUAGAAGAUUAUGAAAAGGAACAUUAUAACAUGCUGAACAAGAAAAUCAACCACAAAUGGGACUUUGUUAUUAUGCAGGCCAAGGAGCGGUACAGGGCAGGAAAAGAACGAAAGAAGGAAGACCGUUAUGCUCUGGACUGUCAGGAGAAAGCCUAUUGGCUAGUGCACCGAACACCUCCAGGGAUGCAAAACACACUUGAGUAUGGCUUAGACAGAGUGAUGGAUCCUUGUGAAAAUAAGGUAAACUUGAAAAAAACAAUGGAUGUUUACAGGAGAGAGAUCAUGUACUACCAGCAGGGCAUCAUGAAAACCACAGUAAAGUCAUCGGUCUCCCUGGGAGGAAUAGUGAAGUACUGUGAACAGUUCCGCUCCAAUGACCCCAUAAUAUCAGGAUGCCUCCCCAGCAACCCCUGGCUCACAGAUGAUGUUGAUAUUUGGGAUCUUAAUGCAAAGCUGGUGGAAAUCCCCACCAAAGCACGCGUGGAGAGAUGGGCCUUCAAUUUUAGUGAGCUGAUGAGGGAUCCCAAAGGCCGUCAGAGCUUCCAACUGUUCCUGAAGAAAGAGUUCAGUGGGGAGAACCUGGGAUUUUGGGAAGCUUGUGAAGAUCUGAAGUAUGGAGACCAAUCCAAGGUGAAAGAAAAAGCAGAAGAAAUUUACAAAACCUUCCUGGCACCGGGAGCAAGGCGCUGGAUCAAUAUUGAUGGCACCACUAUGGGCAUCACAGUCAGAGGCCUCAAACAUCCUCAUCGCUAUGUCUUAGAUGCCGCACAGACUCAUAUUUAUAUGCUGAUGAAAAAGGAUUCUUAUGGUCGCUAUUUAAAGUCUCCAGUAUAUAAGGAAAUGCUAUCCAAAGCAAUUGUACCACAAGAAGCUGUGAAAAAAAGCUCUAAUAAUCCAUUUGCUCGCCGACACCUCCGCUCCAGCCCUAGCCUUGUCAUCUUGAGGCAGCAGGAGGAAGAAGCGAAGGCAAAAGAAGCAGCAACUAAUGUGGACAUCACCCAGGUUAUGAGCAAGCUGGAUUGUAGAAGCCAGCUCAGACAGAAUGCCCCACCUGCUAAGUAGGGCCCAGAUGCUAUAAAGCACAUUGAAGGGGAAAGACCAAGCAGAGUCAUGAGGAUGUUGGCUGAAUGUAGGGCUGCAUUUCCUCCCCCAUGCCUGCAGGUGCCAGUGGUGCUUCAUCAUUAAUGACCCAUUUAUCGUUCCCUGCCUCCCUCCCUUCUGUAGUAUGCUGUUGCCAUGGCAUCCAGAGUAGUGUCACUUCAUAAGCCAUUGCGGACAGAAUCAUAGAACACAGAAGGCAAAAGAGUUUCCUUGUGAGCCUCACAGUGAUUUUUCCCAUAUCAAAUGGGCUCACUUUACAAGCCAAGGAAACAAUGUUUUCUAUAAACUGCCUGAAACGUUACUCCCAGAUCUAAAAAUUUUAAAAAACCCACUAGAUACCAUGGCAACUGGCUGUCUCUUCUCUCACUGCCUCAAGUGAUGGAAGGAAAGUGACUGAAAAAUUGUGCUGUGAGACACAAGGCAGAACUGAUGUUAGUUUCCAGGUGCUGUCGGGGAAGGCUAGUGGAGAAUCCUAAAUAAGGGUGCAUACUCCAGGUUACCAUACACAAGUUAGAUACCCAUUAACAUCCUUUACCAUGUCAUACACACAAUUAGACUGGUUAAAUAUUAACAAAGGAUAAUAUUCUCUUUCUUUUCAGGAUGAUUAUGGAUUAGGCAUUGUAAUCAGUAUUAGUGGGUAUAAGUAUGGACCUAACUGAUUGCAGUUGGUCCAUAUUAAUUAACAUGCAGUAUAUAAUGUCUUGUGCAUGUAACAUCAACGUUGAAUUUCCUAAGCACUUUAAGUCAGCUGGCUGCUCAAAUGCAUAUUAGUUUGAGCAGGAGUAUCAGCUAGCAGGGGUGUAACCCAGUCAUAGACAGGGGAAGCCCUUUAUGGAUCCAGAACCCUAUGGGGAAAAGGCUAUUGGGGAAGGGCCAUAGUUCAGUAGUACAGCAUUUGCCUUGCAUACAGAAGGUCCCAGGUGCAAUCCUGGUAGGGCUGGGAAUGUCCACUGCCUGAAACGCUGGAGGGCUGCUGCCAGCCAGGGUAGACAAUAUGGACCUAGAUGGGUCAGUGGUCUGACUCAAUAUAUACGCCCGCUUCCUAUAUUCCUUAGGGUUCUGCAGGAACUACUUUCUUUUGUGUUAAAGGAUAUGCUGACAACUGGAGAAUUUGUUUCCUCUACCUAGCUGCAAAUACCAUUUGCCUUUAUUUGCAGUAAAGUUUCCCGGAGAUGGGAAUCUUGUCUCUUAGAGGAGCGUGGGGAGAAGCAUGGGGUUGCUAGAGUGUAAAGGAACAAGACAGGUGAGUAUAGGAAGGAAUUUCCUUAACAUUUUUGCAGGACCAUGGUGCAGUCUUAGGGCCUGUUUUGACAAGUGAUGGUUUCAAGAAGCGGUCUGUCAAUAUUGACUCCAAGAGUCGGCCUCGUGUAGCAUGUGGCAAGCCAUUUGUAUGCAUCUGGACCACUGUAUUACAGUGGUUCCAUUCCUUUCUCUCCGACAGGUACCAACAGGUAGCGUUGGGGGAGGAGGUAUCAGACCCUUGGCCUCUCAAUUGUGGUGUGCCACAGGGCUCUAUCCUCUCUCACAUGCUAUUUAACAUCUAUAUGAAGCCGCUGGGAGCAAUCAUCAGGAGAUUUGGGCUGCAGUGUCAUCAAUAUGCGGAUGACACUCAGCUCUAUCUCUCGUUUAAAUCUUCACCAGAGUUGGCUGUGGAGACCUUGUCCAACUGCCUGGAAUCCGUGAGUGGAUGGAUGGGAAGGAACAAGCUGAAGUUGAACCCUGAUAAAACCGAGGUACUACUU